AUGAUAAAAAGAUACAUAAGAACAAAAGUUAUAACAAGUUUAAAUAAAUAUAAGUGCUAUAAUAUAAAAAAUGAAAAGACGUCAAAGUACUGGCCUAAUAUAAAUUGUAUUGAUAAAGAUGAAGAAAAUAUAGAAAAGAAAUGUAAAGAGAAAGGAGAACAAAGCAAAAAAACAAUACCUUACUAUAAAAAUUAUAUGCAUGAUUUUUAUAACAGGCAGUUAAUGCACAAUCUCCAUUUAGUUGAAAUGAACAAAAUGAAUAAAUUAAGAAAUUUCAAAAUGCCUAAAAUACACACAGGAGAUCUAAUUGAAAUCAAAUACGAGUUGUCACGAUCUCAGCAGACGUUUGCAAUUUUUCAGGGCUACUGUGUUGACAUCCGCAGAAAAAGACUCGACUCUUCAUUUAUUGUAAAAAAUAUAUUUGAUGGUGUAGGGGUGGAGCAAUUGAUACCAUUUUAUUCGCCACGAAUUUUAUAUGUAAAAAACGUAAGAAGCUUAUAUAAUAUAAAUGAGGAAAAACUUAAAUCAUAUUAUAAAAUAAAUAAACCAAUAACAAGAGAUUAUAGAUAUAUGUGGCAAUAUAAUGUAAGAGGAAAAUAUGAAAAACCUCGAGGACAACAUAAACCGGGUAUUAGAUCUAUUGAACCCAAAAUUAGAAGACGACUAGCUAAAUUAAAAAAAAAAUAUAUGAAAAGAAGAAUAGAAAGUAAUUUAUCGUCUUACAUAUUUGGUGGUGUAUAUGCGCAAUAUACAAGAAAAAGGACAAGAUUAGUUCGUGCAGAAAUAUAUAGAAGAAUGCUUAUAUAUGCAUUAGAUGAAGAAAAUAGAAGAAAACAAAAAUUAAAUAAAAGACGAGAAAAAGAACAUUGGAAUAAUUUUAAAAUUAAUAAAAAUAAAGGAGAUAAUGCUUUCAUGUCUUUACCCUCUAAUCAUCCUCUUGUGAAUGCUUGA